UCCGCUCCAAGAGAGCAGCGGCAGACGGCGCUCAGAAUCCGGACCGAUGGCACCUCUGGGAUACGACAGCAGUUCAGAAGGCUAAAACAAUACAUCUUGAAAAGUGGACCCAGCUCGCCAACGGACGAGGCAGCAGGAGUGGACAAGGUGUGGAGGGGAGAAGAAGGAAGCGUCGACGCCUGUGAGGACGUUCGCGGCUAGAGCCUGCCUGGCCGUAACACUUUCUGCCCGGUGCUUUGUAGCGGCGUCGCCCGGUCCUCUGCCUGUGCAUUCCGGCUGGGGACAUCCGCGUGUACUAAAGCAGAGGCCGUAAGGACCCUCUGCCACUUUGAUGUGUGAGCUCAGCGAUGGCCCCGCAGUGGAAGAGUAGCUGACAACUUCCUGAUUUGAGUCAACUUCAGGGCACAAGACUACGGUAAGAGUUCCACUCUAAAGGUGAGCAAAGCAUGAGGCUGCUGUGGAAGUCUCUGGAUAAGAUGAGGUGUCUGAGGAAGCGCUCAGUCAUUCCCUUCCUCGGCUUUCUCAUCACCUUCCUCCUCUUCCUCAACCUCUACAUUGAAGAUGGAUAUGUGCUGGAAGAAGAUAAGAGGCAGCUCAGGGAGACGUCAGCUCACCCCCCGAGCACAGAGCGAUACGUGCACACCUUCCGAGACCUCAGUAACUUUUCGGGAUCCAUCAACGUCACAUACCGCUACCUUGCCGGGACACCGCUCAACCGCAAGAAGUAUCUGACCAUUGGGCUGUCGUCAGUGAAGAGGAAGCGAGGAAACUACCUCUUAGAGACUCUGAAAUCUAUCUUUGAUCAGUCCAGUUACGAGGAGCUGAAGGAGAUCUUGGUGGUUGUCCACCUGGCAGACUUCGACCUGAUGUGGUGCGAGAACCUGCUGCAAGAAAUCAACCGCAAGUUCUCACAUCACAUCAUCGCCGGCCGCUUGCUGGUGAUCCAGGCCCCUGAGGAGUACUACCCGUCCCUGGACGGCCUGAAGAGGAACUACAACGACCCCGAGGACCGGGUCCGAUUCCGCUCCAAGCAGAAUGUGGACUACGCCUUCUUGCUUAACUUCUGCACCAACCUCUCGGACUUCUACAUGAUGCUGGAGGAUGACGUUCGCUGCUCUCGUAACUUUUUGACAGCACUAAAGAAAGUGAUCGCUUCCCGGGAUGGCUCUUACUGGGUGAUGCUGGAGUUCUCCAAACUGGGAUACAUAGGGAAGCUUUACCACGCACAGGACCUGCCGCGCCUGGCACACUUCCUGCUUAUGUUCUACCAGGAAAUGCCCUGUGACUGGCUUCUAAUCCACUUCCGUGGCCUGCUGGCACAGAAGGACGUUAUUCGUUUCAAGCCGUCGCUGUUCCAGCACAUGGGCUAUUACUCAUCAUACAAGGGAGUUGAGAACAAACUGAAGGAUGAUGAUUUUGAGGAGGAUGCGGUAGACAUUCCUGACAACCCGCCUGCGCGCCUCUACACCAACAUCGACGUCUUUGAAAGCUACGACGCAGCCAAGGCCUACAGUGCUGUGGACGAGUACUUCUGGGGAAAGCCCCCGUCCACAGGGGACUUCUUUGUGGUGGUCUUCAACAAGUCGGCCAAGAUCAGCAGAAUCAAGAUCACCACAGGUUCUGAUGACAGGCAGAGCGACAUCUUACACCGCGGAGCGCUAGAGGUCGGUGAGAAACUGGUGGGAACCAAGAAGGGAAAGCAGUGUUCCUCGUACAUCACCUUAGGGGAGUUUAAGAAUGGCAACAUCGAGGUCCGGGAUGUGGACCACAAGAUCGGCUUCGAUGUGGAAUGCGUGCGUAUCGUCGUGACAGCCAGUCAGAAGGAGUGGCUCAUAAUCAGAAGUAUAAGUUUAUGGACGACACCUCCACCCAGUCAAUGAGACAAUGCAUUCAGACUCUUAGUACAAUGUAGGCAACAAUUUCUAUUAGAAAUGUACAUAUUUCCACUGUAACGUAAACGUUUUGUACAUAUUUACUUAUUUAUUUAUUUGUUUAUUGAGUUUGCCAAAUGUGUUUUUUUUAAAUACCUCCAAGUCUCGGAUCAUUCUAUUGGUCCUUGUGAUUGUUGUUACAGUGAUGAAAAUGUAGAGCAAAACGACGAGCACAAAGUGAUCGUAUCGUGGUUUCAAGAUUGUAAUUCUUACACUUUACUCUUAAUAAAUUCAAAGACCAUAGCCGUCACCAGUAAGUGUCAAGAAGCGGUGAAGCAAUAGUUGCCAGACUUACAAAACCAGUUAGUAAACGCUGAACAAGUGGACACAAAGGAUUCAAAACACAAAGAAUGUUGGGUAUUAACGGAUAGGUAUAAACGAAAAGAGAAAUAGUAGUUAAAGUAGUACUUUGUAGUAAAGUUACUGAAUUGAAUUACUCAAAAUUAGACGUAACUUCUUGAUUUUACAAUUAUAAGCUGUUUUAUAAAUGAGAAUACAACAAACAACAUCAUUAAGAUAUACCCCUUCCAAAUCUGAAGUCAUGCUACUCCCACAAUACAGCAAACAACAUCAUUAAGAUAUACCCCUUCCAAAUGUGAAGCCAUGCUCCUCCCACAUUAGACUGUAGAGGCAUUCCAAAAAAUCGAUCAUUACAUGCAUCGCGAUUCAACACGUGACGAUUUGAUUACGAUUCAUAAAGGCUCAAAAACGAUGAUUUUCCCUCAUAACUUUAUGACAGCCGCUUGUAGCGGAACGAAAUUCAAGACAAGUGUGCCGCCUGGACACCUUUAUCUGACGCACGCACAUUAUAAUGGAUGCUUCCUGUAACUGAGUGAGAGAUUUACUCUUUUUCAGAAGACUGAAAAAUAAAUUUGUGUAUGAGACAGGCAGGCUUCUGUGCGCACGUUAUUUUUUAGAACAAGAGGGGAAGAGAGAUAGUUCGUUGCUCCUCGUCUUUCAGAUGUCCAGCUGUAGUUUGAAGUCAUGUCAAUUGAAAAAUAUCCUGAGUGUGUUGCUAAGAGCCAUGUGCGUCUUCAAGAGGUGAGUACACGAACCCUCUUGUACUGUUGAGUCUUUAUUGUUGUUGUUUUUGAGGUGUUAAUAGUUAGCGCCGAGCGCUAAGCCAAUUAGCUAAUUCGCUAACGUGUAUUUCAUAUGCAGAACGUGUAAAACCAUGAUUAAGUACAGUGGUAACACUACAAACAUGCGAAAUAGUACGGAAAUCUGUGAAAACAAAGUAUAUUAGUUAAAAGAAGGCUUAUUUCUAAAGACACUUUGUUUCCAGAAAAUGUGGAAUUCAUCAUCCCACCUGUGUAAAUUUUAUUGUAUUUUUGAGUGAAAUAAGUACUCCCUUUAAAAUGGUGAAUGUUUUUGCACUUUCUUGUAAAAAUAAAUAAAUAAAAAAGCUGCUUAAGGGCAGGUUUUUGUUGUAUGGGCAUGUUUCCAUCAUACCUGUUGAAUCAUCAGGAUAUUUUAAAUAAAUAAUAGACAAAACAUUUUUUGUCUACUACCGUAUUGGCCCGAAUAUAAGACGGCCAUGAUUAUAAGACGACCCCCUCUUUUUCAAGACUCAAGUUUGAAAAAAGACUUUUUGAACGCCAAAUUAAUUUUUUUACAGAAAAUAAUUACAGUACAUCCGAAACAAAUGAUUAUAACAAUAUAUUAUGAGAGAAAAAGCAUGGUUUUUUUGCCUCAUUCAAAUCAAUCUAUUGUAAUAAAACAACAACAUUGCAAUAACUGCAUUAACCAUCAAAGUGAAGUCUAACUGUAACUGUCGUCUUAAAACAAAUCUGAAUAUGGAAAAGCAUUGCAAGAAAAUAAUGCAAACUGGUUAAACUUCAGAGUAGCUGAGAUCUGUCAUGACAGAACAUCGCUUCAAUGAUAUCUGGUGCCAUCUAGCGUCGUGAAUGGGGAGAGUAGCUGAGAUCUGUUAUGACAGAACAUUGCUUCAAUGAUAUCUGGCGCCAUCUAGCGUCAUGAAUGGGUAUAAUGUCUAGACCGCGAAUAUAAGACGCCCCCUCUUUUUCAGUCCUAUUUCAAUGCAAAAAACACCGUCUUACAUAUAUGGGCCAAUCCGGUAUAUUAAUUAGUAAUGUACGAUGCAUCAAUAGUCGUGAUAACCGUGAUCAUCGUCAAUACCGUGAUCAUCGUUCAAGAAUCGAAUCGUAGCUCCCUGAAUCGUAAUCGAAUCGAAUCGUGGGGUGCCUAAGAUGGCACACCCCUAUUGGAUGGCAAUCAAGCUUAGCCAUUUAUCUAUUUUUCAAAGUACCAGCCAUAGAAUUCACCUAAAAUUUCUGCUUUAAACCAAUGUUUACGGUAAAAAAUCAGAUUAGUUGUGUAAAAGUGAUAGUUAGGUCUAGGUCAGAGGUACCCAAACAGGUCCUCAAGGGCUGCUGUGGGUCCUGGUUUUUGUUCAUACCGAUCGAGCACAGACAAUUUAACCAAUGAGGAUUCUGUUAAAACAAGCAGCACUUGACUGCAAUCAGCUGAAUACACUUGUAAGACAUCAGAUUGUUGAAAAGGUGUGGUCUUGUCUUGUCCGAUUUAAAUCCUGCACCAACUGCGGCCCAAUGUGGAAUAGUUUGGAGACCCCUGUUUCACCCUGCAUCUUUUUAAGAUAGGCAUGUCAAGUCAAAUUCAUGUCAAAGGGUGGAACUGGUGGUGUAAGGGUCCUUUUUUUCGACUGAUGGCAAAGAAACUUUUUUUUGCCCAAUUUAAACUAACCUAAGCAUUUUCUUACAACGCACAUCCAACCAAUUUUGUGCUAAAUGGUAAAACCUGAGUUUAAACGUUUUUUUUUUUCUCUCUCUCUCUCAUUCGAUUUCCUCAGGCUCUUGUGGAAUUUUUCAAUUAACAGCUGUUUCAAACUAAACUGGCAGUUUUAAGCAUGGGUCCUUGUAGCGUUUUCUUGCAUCUUGUGAUGAAUACAGUAUGUCCACUUGUUGUCCACAUAAUUCUGCGUCGAUCUUUGAAACUAGUCUCAACCUUCUAGGGGCCACUAACAAUAAAGUGAAUGAAAGUCAGCUUUAUAUGGAAAUGGCCAGUGUCAAAUUUUUGCUUGACUCCUUGAGAUUUUUCCAUGCUUUGCUUGGUGGACAUGUUUACUGACAUGACCCCCCCCCCCCCCCCCCCCAUUUUUCCUGUGUGUUGCAGUAAAAUGGUACUUUUUUGCCGUUAUACAUGAGCUUGCAAAAGUGUGUGAGUCUUGGGGAAUGUCAAGCCCCUACUACCUGAAAGAAGCGAUCAGAAGGGAUUAAAUUGAGCUUUACAGGUUAUUUCGGGUUUUUUUUCCCCAAGGUAUUAAAUUCAACCUAAGCAUUUCUGUAUCUAUUUUAUUAAAAAAGGGUCGGCCCGUAGUAGUUAUUAGAAAGAGUAGGACAACAGGCUCUCCUUGAGAAUGGUGUCCAAUUACUGCAGGUAAUUGUGUCUUUCGCAGCCUUUCAAGACAGAUAACAAGGCGGUAAAGUGUCGCCGUGGGAUUCCCAGCAGGGUUUGUCCCCGUUUGGCCCUUAAUGAGCUUCCUCACCACUUAACCACCAGGAGGAGCGCCAUCUUUAGGUGCUCAGUGUUUCGGAUAUUCUCUUUGAAGGCGUUUUCCCUCCCUUGUGUCACGACGUCUGCUCCAUGUUGUGUCAAAGCGCCUGACAGGAGAACACUGUUUGUUUUCAGAGUGGAGAUGAGAUUGCUCAGUGAAGAACGAGCCGGCAGCACUAUUUUCUUUUUUUCCCCCCCCUUCUCUUCUUUUUUUGUUCUCAAUAUGAGCACAACAGCAUGAUUUUCCUUCACUAAAUGCUCUCUCCUACUACAAAAACAGUCUAAUAAGCCAAUUGAAAACAAAAUAGCAGACUUUCCAUGUCUUUACAGGCACAGUUUCUAUAUUUUGGUGAAUCUAUUCAUGAUAGACAUGCCUAUGAAAAUACAUGGCCCAAAGGGAAACUUGUCUCAGUGGCAUACAUUCUCACAAGAGUCUGGGUUGCACAACUGAACAAACUGUGAGUCAUCAAACCUUUCACGCAUAAUGAUAAAACUAAUUUUUGCUCUGGACCAAUUCAAAUUUGUUUGUAAGGGGCAAAACAUACGGGAGGCGACGUCGCUCGCGUUCAAUACAUUUUCUAUGGAACAAGCGCGAUGAGAUGAAAAUCGGCAACUGUUUUGCAGCGAAGCAACACGCGACGUUCGUGCAUGUGAAAUUUCGCACUCGUACACAUGCACACGUGGACCAGCGACGCGAUAUAAGAAAAUAGGGAAUAAUUCUAUUUCUUUCGCUGUCGCCUGGCACUACAACCAGGGGUGAAAGGGGGCCAGAACGGUCAGAACGCAGUUCCUGUAUAAGAUUCAGGGCCGGAAUGCUGUUUUGGAACACGGUGCUUUGAUUCCAAAAAUAUGACAGCAAUUGUCAAAACGCUAUGUAAAAAAAAAAAAAAAAAAGCUUAACUGCCACACAUGCAUUUCAUUUCCAAGAAGAAAACAAUCUACCAACAUGAGAUUUACAUACACAAGUGUUAACAACAAGUAUAAUUAAGUGCUUGUGUAGCGUAAUAAAUUUCCACCGAUAUUUAUUAUUUAUUAUUUUACCGUAAUUUCCCGAAUACAAGGCGCACCCGUGUAUAACACGCACCCCAAAUUUACUUGUAAAAUCUCGGGAAAAUUAUUGUACCCGUGUAUAACGCGCACCCUAAUUUUAGUACCAAUAAAUAGAAGAAUACAAGAAAACAGAGCUCGUGUACAGAUACAGAAAUGUCAUUUUACUGACUGGUGAAACACAGCACAAGCAUAGCACAUUGAUAGUUCAAAACAUUACCGUAAACUGACAAUAUGCACGGUAAUAAUAUGAUCUGACAACUUCUCCUACUUACCAAAAUCCAGGAGAAAACAAAACAGAUGUGACUUUUCUUUUAAAGGCUGCUGUAUAACUUGAUCGUUUCAUCAUGAUGAAUAAAUGUUUCUUCCAUGGAUUGAUACGGUAAAAUAAAAGUGAGGACCGAAGUCGGAAAUCCAAUGAGCACAUCGCUACUGUAACAAGAGGAACUAUUGUUAUUUAGGCUUGAGUUUCCUGAGGGACAGAUAUAGUUGACGGACACAGGAAGUCUGUGUUGUGUUACGUUUGUUAUGGUCCAAGUUGCCAAGUUGCAAUAAACGUUGACUCAAAUGACUUCAAGAAACUGAAUUAUGUGCUUUAUGUAGAGUGAAAAAGCAGAAUUUAACACAGACGAAAUCAUUCGACUAAUCAGAGUGAAGUAUUACCGAAACAAAAAUGGUGACGUCAUGUAAUGGUCGGCAACGGAUCGCUGCAUACGUUUUCCUCAACACAACAUGGACAUGUCAAUUAAAAAAAAAAAAACGGUCUUUAUAAUCGGGAAAUUACGGUAUUCCACGGACGGCAUGGAGGUUUCCCCAGCUGCUGCAGUUAUCUGAGUCUGACGAUGAUGACUCACGUCAAUGUGCGAAUGCACGCAGCAAAGCAAAACGCCUGGACUUAUUUAUCCAUUCAAUUGGCUGACAUACUGACAUGUGAUCAGCAGAGAUAGUUAGCUCUGAUUGGUUCAAAUGUGCAUGCUUUCUGGAACAGCAAAAAAAAAAAAGUUUGUUGAAUUGAUGCGACAAAAAAAGGGCAAUGCAACAGAAAAUGGAUCAAAUCUUUAAGAGUAGGGAAAGAGUUGAGGAGGCUUAUUUAUCAUAUUUAGUUUUAUUUGCUCUCAUGGGGAGGUGCAGAACAUCUUAGCUGUCUAUGUGCACUUUGGACUUUGUUUGUCUAUUUGUUCAUUUAUGUUAGGCAACUUAUUCAUUUCCUUAUGAUUUAAAACAGUAUGUUUGCGCAAUCUUCAAAAUACCAUUUCACUCCGCAUAAUAUAAGUCAUGUGUACUUAUUUUUCUGAAUGUAUGUUACCUAUAUCUUUAUUAUUUAAAACAAAAACAAAAAAGUAAAUGUUUACAUUUGCUUCAAUUUUAAUAUACAUCCAAUGUUCUUAAUUAGUUAAAAUUGAGAUUUGGCAUUUAGUAUGUGAGGAAAUGAGGGAAAAUAUAAACUAGGAGAUGGGGGUUGGGGUUAUUGCUGUUUUUGUUAACUUUUAUUUUGCAAAUCAUUGAAAAAAAUACAAUUUUGAAUGAAAAUCAGUUUUUGUACAGUAUGUGUUAUAGAAAUAACACAUACAACAAUAAAAUAUCUAGGGUUAAUUUGCCUUUUAAGGAAGAAAGGAUACUUCAAAGCAAAUUCCUGACUUCAACUGUCUUUUCGGGCAUGGUUUCUCUUUUGUGAGACAUGCCUUACCAAUUUAUUGGGGUUGGAUUUUCAAAUGAAUCUCGCAUGCAAUACCGAACCAAUCACUUUAAAAGGGUAGGUAUCGCCUAUUUUUUAGGCAUAUGGUAUCAUUCUGCAGCACAUUUAAGUGACAAUUUUACCUUGAGUUGAUUUGUGAAAGUUAUACACUGCUGGCCAAAAGUAUUGCCACCCCUGCAAUUCUGUCAGAUAAUGCUCAAUUGGUUGCAAUUACAAAUGCUUUGGUAGUAAUAUCUUAAUUUAUUUUGCUUGCAAUGCAAAAGCACAAAAGACAAUGAAAAAAAAAAUUAUUAUUUUACACAAAACUCCAAAAAUGUGCCGGACAAAAGUAUUGACACCCUCAGCCUAAUACCUGGUAGCACUACCUUUAGACAAAAUAACUGCGAACAACCGCUUCCUUUAUCAUCAAUGAGUUCCUUACAAUGCUUUGCUGGAAUUUUAGACCCAUUCUUCUUUGGCCAAGAGCUCCAGGACUGUAAGAUUUGAAGGGUGCCGUCUUCAAACUGCCCUUUUCAGAUCCCUUCACAGCUGUUCUAUGGGUUUCAGGUCUGGACUUGUUGCUGGCCACUUUAAAAGUCUCCAGUGCUUUCUCUCAAACCAUUUUCUAGUGCUUUUUGAAGUAUGUUUUGGGUCAUUGUCCUGCUGGAAGACCCAUGACCUCUGUGGGAAACCCAGCUUUCUCACACUGGGCCCUACAUUAUGCUGCAAAAUUUGUUGGUAGUCUUCAGACUUCAAAAUUCAUGCACACGGUCAAGCAGUCCAGGGUCAGAGGGAGCAAAGCAACCCCAAAACAUCAGGGAACCUCCACCAUGUUGACUGUGGGGGCCGUGUUCUUUUCUUUGAAGGCCUCGUUUUUUUUUCUGUGAAUUCUAUGUUGAUGCCUUUUCCAAAAAGCUCAACUUUUGUCUCAUCUGACUAGAGAACAGUUUGUCAAAACGUUUUUGGCUUUAUCAGGUAAGUUUUGGCAAACUCCAGCCUGGCUUUUUUAUGACUCUGGGUCAGAAGCGGGGUCUUCCUGGGUAUCCUACCAUAGAGUCCCUUUUCAUUCAGACGCCGACGGAUAAUACGGGUAGACACUGUUGUACCCUCGGACUGUAGCACAGCUUGAACUUGUUUGGAUGUUAUUCGAGAUUCUAUAUCCACCAUCUGCACAAUCUUUUGUUGAACUCUCUCGUCAAUUUUUCUUUUCCGACCACAUCUAGGGAGGUUAGCCACAGUGCCAUGGGCGUUACACUGAUUGAUGACACUGCGCACGGUAGAUACAGGAACAGUCAGGUCUUUGGAGAUGGACUUGUAGCCUUGAAAUUGCCCAUGCUUACUCACAAUUUUGCUUCUCAAGUCCUCAGACAGUUCUUUGGUCUUCUUUCUUUUCUCCAUGCUCAAUGUGGUACACACAAGGACACAGGACAGAGGCUGAGUCAAUUGUAAUCCAUUUUAACUGGCUGCAAGUGUGAUUUAGUUAUUGUCACCACCUGUUAUGUGCCACAGGUACGUAACAGGUGCUGUUAAUUACACAAAUUAGAGAAGCAUCACAUGAUUUUUCAAAGGGUGCCAAGUUGAUAUUGAUAAUGAUUUUUUCCCAUUCUCUUUUAUGUUUUUUCAUUGCAACCAAAAUAAAUAAAGAUAUUACUACCAAAGCAUUUGCAAUUGCAAUCAUUUUCUAAGAGAAAUUAACCAUGAACUGACAGAAUUGCUUGGGUGCCAAUACUUUUGGCCAGCAAUGUAUAUUUUAUACAGGACAUAAUAUCAACGUGGCUGUCUCAAACGGCUGGAAAUGGGACUCGGUCUCGUUAAGAAACCCAUCUUCCUCUCUCUCGUUCUCUUUCCCUCAAGCUCUCCUCUUUGGUUUCGUUUUAGAGUCUAGUCAUUUCUGACGACGUGCGUCGUCCUGUGGAAGCGUGAAAAGAGAAAACUGUCCUUUGCAUCAGAAAAUACAUUUUGUAAAUACAUCAAAUAUUCGAUUAAAAAAGUUGCUCUGAGAGUUUAUUCUCACACUUAUAAGCCCCUUUCACACGAACCUGAACAACGUUAAAAUCCCGGGAUUUAAACAGGUAGCCCUUUUGUGUGAAAGCAAGUUCCCAGGUCAACUGACACGGAGAUUACACGGACAUUUACAGGCUCACGUUGUAGUAUAAUGUCCGAAAAUUACCCGGGAUGCAGGAUGUGUGAAAACAGACGUUUAAUUCCUAAUACACGGCACGAAGGCGGAUGACUUAAAUAUCAUGGCAAGCCGAUCGUCAUUUCCUCAAACAAACAUCAUCAUAAUUAUUAAAGUGGCAAACUGGAAACACCAAGAAAUUAAAUUGCUACUGAAUGGUACAGCUAAGGACGAGAGAGUCCAUUGUCCAUCUUUGGAAAUAUGUGGUCUAUUUUGUUGACAAUGUUACGGUCCACAACUGAGGAAACAAGGUUGUACCUCAAAGCAGACAACAAAUGAAGGAUGCGUUCUUGUAUUUAUAUAUAUAUAUAUAUAUAUAUAUAUAU